CUCUCACCGUAGCGUGCCAUCCAGAUCGAGACAUGGAACAAGCAGCAGCAGCACUAGUGCACCAGCUCCUCUUCCAACAUGAAAUGUUUUCCUUGACGUUGUGUAUCAUCCUAGCCUUGUUCCCUCUGCUUCUUCUUCUCCUAGCACUGCACUACUCCAGGUACUUGGCAGCAGAUAAUAAUAAAACUGUAUCAACCACCACAACGAAGCAAACAAGAGACCACCAUCUUCUUCCUCCCCCGCCUCCGCCUCCGAGUCCGAGGCGGUUACCCAUCAUAGGGCACCUGCACCUCAUCGGCGACCUCCCGCACGUCUCCCUCCGCGACCUCGCCGGCCGGCACGGCCCCGACCUCAUGCUGCUCCACCUCGGCCAGGUCCGCAACCUCGUCGUCUCCUCGCCGCGCGCGGCGGAGGCCGUGCUGCGCACGCACGACCACGUGUUCGCGUCGCGGCCGGAGUCGUUGGUCGCCGGCGUGCUUCUCUACGGCCCGCGCGACAUCGCGUUUUCGACCUACGGCGAGCGGUGGCGGCAGAGCAGGAGGCUCGCCACGACGCACCUGCUGACCAACAAGAAGGUGCGGUUGUGCCGUGCGGCGCGAGAAGAGGAGGUUGGCUUGAUGAUGGCUAAAGUACGCAAGAUAUCAAGCGAGGGUACGGCAGUGGACAUGGGUGAGCUCUUCAGCGCCUUCUCCAACGACCUCAUCUCCCGCGUGGUGUCGAGGAAGACGACGCUCCAAGGGGAAGGGGAAGAAGAAUCGGGCCGAGGCAAGCUGUUUCGUGGACUGGUCGAAGCAAACGCGUCACUCCUCGGAGGGUUCAACCUGGAGGACUACUACCCGAGCUUGGCGACAAGGCUCGGGGUGCUCUCCACGGUGAUGCGUGGCAAGGCCAGGGACGUGAGGAAACAGUGGGACAAAUUGCUCGACAAGAUCAUCGAUGAGCACAUGAGCAAACGGGAGUAUGAUCAGCGUCAUGGAGACGUUGGGCAAGAUGAGGCGGCCGACUUCAUAGAUGUUUUGCUCGCACUUCAAGAAGAGCGUGGCAUCACCAGAGAACACAUUAAAGCCAUUCUAGUGGACAUGUUUGAAGCUGGUACAGAUACAAUAUCAUUGGUGCUAGUAUUUGCUAUGGCUGAGCUCAUGCGGAAGCGACAUCUCAUGGCCAAGUUGCAAGCAGAACUAAGAAUGACCAUACCCAAGGGACACGAAUUGAUCACCGAAGAACAUCUGACCAACAUGACCUACCUCAAGGCUGUCAUCAAGGAGACACUUCGGUUGCAUCCACCGGCUCCUCUUCUCCUCCCACAUCUCUCCAUGGAAGACUGUGUUAUUGAUGGCUACAUAAUUCACUCAGGGACACGUGUCAUCGUCAAUGCAUGGGCUAUAGGAAGGAAUCCUAAGUGUUGGGAGGCUGCAGAGGAGUUCUUGCCUGAGAGGUUUGUCGAUGGGGGAAGUGCAGCGAACAUAGGCUUCACAGGGAAAGAUUUUCAGUUUUUGCCGUUCGGUGCUGGGCGGCGGAUCUGCCCCGGCAUAAAUUUUGCUUUUGCGAGCAUAGAGAUCGUCUUAGCAAACCUUUUGUACCAUUUUGACUGGGAUAUUCCAGCUGAAUCAGGUAUGCAUAAAGAUGGUAUUAAUAUGGCUGAAGUAUUCGGGUUGACAGUGAAGCUAAAGGAAAGGCUCAUGCUUGUGCCAAAAACCUGCGAAGUCAUUCAUGCAUGCACUUGAGAGUAAGGUUCAGGGAUGCCCGUGCCAUGGCCGUGUGCAUUCCUACACUAAAGUAAACGAGUGGAAGGGGUUCAGUUACGUACCUUGUAUCUAUUACAAUUUCUAUAUGAGAUUUGCUUCAGAGCAACAAAAAAUAACAAAAAGUAUUUUGAGGUACCGGCAACUCGCGGUACCAAAUCGUUUCUGAUCGUGGGAUCUAACAGUGUAUAUCAUACUCAGCUAGAUCCAAUGGUGGGAAACGAUUUGGUACUUCGAGAUACUUUUUGUUAGACCGGAGCAAAUCUAUUUCUAUAUAUACGGAGUAUAUAUAUGAGGAGUGGACUUUCAACCCUAUUCUAUAUUAA